AUGACUUUUUGUAGAAUGAAUGCAAGGAGAGGGCACCUACUGUUUAUAUUUCGCGUUUUCGUGGUAGGCGUGAAAACCAGCUUGCUCAGACUCAUAGACGCUUGCUCCGUGUGUCCCGACAGCAGAAAUUUCACCCUACCCGAAAAAGCUAUAAGCAUUCCCGGCUUGGAAAGUAUUACGACUUGUCAGCAGCUAGGAUCUACCGUAUCGAUUCUCCUGUCUGACAACGAUCCUUUGUGCAAAACAGUACAGUCACUUGGCACUUUUUGCGGAUGCCCGAAGGCAGAAACAGCGUGUGAGAUUUGUCAAAGCGGCCAGAGACUUAGCCGACCUGCCCGAGAAUUGUUUUUUCUCUCUCUAGAAGGCAUCAUGCCAUCGUGCGAGCUUUUCGAAGCGUACCUGCACAGUCUGGCCAGCGACGAUGAAGUAUGUAUCGCGUCUAUCUUUUUGCUUGCAGAUUAUUGUGGCUGUACGUCAGAAGCGGAUGAUAUAUUGUCAGGAGACGACAUGUCUAGCAUUGGCGGCUGCUCCCUAUGUCAAAAUAUGGACGACUUAGAAAUGGAAACUGAAGUUUAUUUUCCUGGGUUUCCGCUGAACACUUGCGGCCAGUUCGCUAGCACAGCAAACGCUGUCUCAUCACCAGAAGCAGACACAUGUCUUUAUCUUCAAGCUUCCAUAGGCACACUUUGUGGGUGUUCUGUGAGAAACCCAGCGACGCAGCCCUGCACUCUGUGCAGUGAUAGAUCAGCCCCAUCACGUCCAUCUCAAAUGUUGCCGUUGCUGUCGAGCCAAUUCGCCGGGUUGACGCCUACCUGUGAAAUCCUGGAAGCAUCAUUGCUAUCCGUUGAAUUGAGCUCAGACGAGUGCAAAGUCGGACAUUUGCUUGGAGGUGUCUGCGGUUGCGCACCGGUUGAGGAUCAUUGUGUUUUCUGUCCUGAAGGAGAUCCGAUACCUGAAUAUCUGCGAGAGCGCGAACUUCCACAAUUCGCUAGGUUUCUGGAUGGGCUAAUUGCAACCUGUGCAGAUAUUGAACAAGCUCAAACACAAAUACCCACGGAAUCGUUAAUCUGCAGCAGAGGCAAGCAUCGCAAAGAUCUAUGUUGCGGGGGACACUUUCAGUAUUUAGGAACGUCGACAGUCCGAAAGCAGGCUGUUUUGGCCUGGCUGCCUCGGGGCGUCGCUCUUCUUUCGAUUUUGGGAUCUACUUACGUUCUCUCAAAUAUUGUCCGCCACAAGGAACGUCGCGCAACGAUUUUCCAUCGCAUAAUGAUUGGUCUGACCGUAUCUGAUAUAGUGAGUGCAGUGGCUUGGGGUUUCACAACUUUGCCUGUACCGGCAAACGAUGAUUUCGGUGCCCCUUCGAAGAUUUACGGCGCAAGAGGGAAUGGCGUGACUUGUGCAAUUCAGGGCUUUUUUAUUCAAUUGGGCUUCACGUCGAUCUUUUUCAAUGUAGCACUGACAACCUACUACGUCCUAGUUAUUGUCUACAACUGGAGAGAAACGCGACUGAUCAAGCUGCAGUAUUGGUUCUAUACAAUACCCGUUCUUUUGGGCUCCACUUUGGCUUUCGCUGGAAUACCGUUUUAUACGAACAACAUUAUGGCUUGCUACGUUAACGCACCUCCUUUGGCGGAGAAAUACACUGUCAUCGCUUUGCUGGCCGUGGUGCCUGUGUGCUUUGUUGUCCUCUUUUGCACCACAGCAAUGGCGAGAGUUUAUCUGCAUGUACGUCACCAGCAAAAAAGGGCCAGUAAUUGGAGAAUGGGCGGGUCUGGAAAGUGUAUUGAGCAGCAAGUACUAUGGCAAUCGGUCUUUUACGUGGGGGCCUUUUACAUUUCGUGGCCAAUUCAAGUUGUUGGAAUCUUCAUGUCCGAGCCACCGUUUCGAGAGCAUACGCCUUACGCAUUUUGGCUUCUUAUGGUGUCAUUGGCACCAAUCCAAGGCCUUUUGAACUUUUUCGUUUACAUAAGGCCUCGCUUGUCCAAAAAACGUGAUUCCGCUGGCUCCUCACCGGCGGAUUCCGGCAUUCAAGGAUCGUCUUGGCUGUUGUCGACACGUUUCGCCAAGGUACUCAGUAUUUUUGAACGUCAACGAGAAGCAAGAGACGAGACGUCGUUAUUGAAUGAGCAAGUUUCUCACAAAAGGAAUGAGGCAAAUGAUUUGGACCCCAAGGAUUUUCAAGAAGAUCCCUUGUCAGGUUUUUGA